AUGAUCAGGUCGAUCUUGGGUUCAAGGAGCAUUAUUUCGGCGAUUUCGAAAAAUCCAGCAGAAUGCAGGCGAGUGCUAUUUUCUACAGAAUCCCAAGCCUCUGAAUCAUCUAAUUCUCAGCACGAAAGCAUUAUUGAUUUUGUCGAAACAAUUGUUGAGACAUCCCCAGAUGAGAACAAGUCAUUUGCUACACUCCUGCGCCACUCAAAAUUUAUGCAGCUUGGAGACUUCAAUAACAGAUUAGUUGUAGGAAAAAUCACUCAGCGAAUCCAGGAUGAUCUAUACAUUGACUUUGGUUUGAAAUUCGAAGCUGUCUGCAAAGCGCCUUCUAUCAAUACAGAAGCAUACAGAAGUGGAGCCCGUGUGCUUCUCCGUCUUCACGAUCCAGAGCUCAGCGAAAGAUUUUUGGGAUCAAAUAAGGAUUUGACACUUCUUGAAGCCGAUGCGACCCUGAUUAGAUUGUUAAGAUAUGUUCCAGGAGCAGUGAGAAGAAAUAAGCCUGAAGCAAAGAAGGACAUCUCCACGGGUACUCAAGCAACGGAGCCAAUUCCAUCAGAAGCUUCUAAUCCUCAAUAA